AAUCCGGUGGGAAGAUGUCGGCGAAGGGCUUCCGUGUGAGCGACGGGGACUGGAUUUGUCCUGAUAAAAAGUGUGGAAAUGUGAACUUUGCCAGAAGAACAAGCUGCAAUAGAUGCGGCAUUGAGAAAACGGCGGAGGCCAAGAUGAUGAAGGCCGGGGGCACUGAGAUCGGGAAGACGCUGGCGGAGAAGAGCCGCGGCCUGUUCAGCGCGAAUGACUGGCAGUGUAAAACCUGUGGAAAUGUGAACUGGGCACGUAGGUCAGAGUGCAACAUGUGCAACACUCCGAAGUUCGCCAAGCUGGAGGAGCGGACAGGGUACGGAGGCGGGUUCAAUGAGAGGGGCACCGUGGAGUACAUCGAACGGGAGGAGUCAGACGGGGAGUACGAUGAGUUUGGCCGUAAGAAGAAAAAGUACCGCGGAAAAAACAUUGGAGCCCAGAGUGACAUGAAAGAUGUGAGGAAGGAGGAGGAGGAGGAAGAUGGCAGCGAGGAUGAGGAUGAUGAAGAGGAUGGUGAUGUUUCAAAGUAUAAACUUGAUGAUGAUGACGACGACGAUGAUGAUGAUGAUGAUGAUGAUGAAGAAGAUGUGGACCUAUCAAAGUACGACCUGAACGCCAGCGAUGAGGAGACCAACUCAGCAGUGAUGAAGAAGAACGGCUCGAGAUCUUCGCGUUCGUCUUCCAGCUCACGGUCCAGGUCCAGGUCCUGGUCCAGAAGCUCGUCCCGAUCCAGCUCCGGAUCCAGCUCUCGGUCCCGCGCCAGGUCCUCCUCCAGGUCUCCCUCCAGGAAAAGGUCUCUCUCUAGAUCGCCCUCUUCUGGCCAAAGGAAAAAGAGGCGUUCGAGGUCUCCUUCAUCUCAAAGGUCCCGUAGCUCAGCCUCGAACUCCUCCCACUCAAGUUAAUCAGAGAAAUAAAAUGCAGCCCUUUAAACACAAAGAGAAGAGACACUCAGAAAGCUUAGUGCAUGGAAUUGAAAGAACUCCUUUUCCCUAAAGCCUGCAGACAGGCUAACGAUGCAGAAAUGAGCUGCAAGUCCUGUCUCUACAGGAGUGUCAGAGUGUGUGUGUGCAUGUUCUGCUUCUUCUCAUGAAGAAUUUCAGACCCCAGCUCUAAGUUUAAAGGUAAUCACACCGUUUAGAACUGUCAGCAAUGGUGUUUUGUCAGUGUUUGGGAUUCAGAGCCUUUACUUGUAGCACAGAGGAUGGUUAACUGAGAGGGUUUAUGUAGUUCUGGUUAAGCUCAAGCAUCACUUUCUGCUGAUUCGGAUUCUUGAGACCCGCAUGAGUAGAGAUAUGGGACCAACCAGCUGAUCCCGUCUGGUGAUCCUGCCGCUCCAAGACUGUGAAGCUUUUCCUUAAAUUUGUCUGCCGAAAUGCUAGUUAAAGGUUUUUAUGGGCUUGUUUAAUCCUCUUUAUGUCUGAAGGUAAGUAUUUUUUCUGUAUUUUGUGAUAUUCUGAAUUUGGGCUCAUAGAAUGGGAAUCCUCUCUUUUGUACUGCAGCUAUUAAAAUAAUUCGGUGCAAAGCCAUUUGAAUGUAUUCUGAACUCUGAGUAUAAUUUGAAUGAACUUCUGAAUGUGAUUUUCUCAGUUCUGAAACUUUUUACUCAAACUUUACUGAAACUUUGUCUCAUGCAAAAAGACAUUUCUAAGCAUUUACUAAGUAACAUGGGUGGUAUUAUAACUUUUUAAGCAAUACAGAGAGAAUGUAUUUUAAACUUUUCUGUAACUUUCACUGCUUCGCAAAAUUAUUCAUUCCUGUGAAACAGUUUCAACAGUUUCAAUACCAAGCAGAUAUACCAUCACAGUCCCAUCUGGGAAAAUGAUCAUCUACAGUCCUUGAAAGUAAUUUGCAUCUGUAAUUUUCAUUGUGUCCUGUAACUUAAAACUGCAAUUGAUAUAAAAUGUUAGAGUACAUAAUGCAUCGCAAAAAAUCACCUUUUUGCUACUUGUCUGUCCAAUUAUUUACAUUUUAAUAGUACAUAAAGUAAUUUCAUGCUACAUGGGAGACCUCCCUCC